AUGAACUGCUUGGAAGGAGUCCUUCUCUUCUGGACAGUCCUUGUGUUGGGGAAAGAGAAAGAUCCUCCCCUGGAGAAGCCCCGCCAAUUUGGAUUGCAAGAAUGCAGGAAAUCCUUGAACCUCUCAGUUCUGGAAGUAUUACCUGGUGGGGGCUGGGAUAAUCUGAGGAAUGUAGACAUGGGAAGGGUGCUGGACUUGGUUUACAGUAAUUGCCAGACCACCGAAGAUGGACAGUAUAUCAUCCCAGACGAAAUCUUGACAAUUCCGCGGAAACAGAGCAACUUGGAGUUGAAUUCUGAAAUCAUAGAGUCCUGGAUGAAUUACCAAAGCACCACCUCCUCCUCCAUCAACACAGAGAUCUCCCUUUUCUCCAUGGCCAAUGGCAAGUUCUCCACCGAGUUCCAGAAGAUGAAGACCCAUCAGGUGAAGCAACAAGCUGUGACCACCAGGGUCCAGGUGAGGAACCUGGUCUACACAGCCCAAAUCAAUCCCAUUUCUCAGCUAAGCAAGGGAUUCAAGAAAGAGCUCAUGGAUAUUUCUGAGCGACUAGAGAACAACCAGACACGGAUGGCUAACUUCAUGGCAGAACUCCUGGUCCUCAGCUAUGGAACUCACGUCAUCACUAGUGUGGAUGCCGGAGCCAUCCUCGUACAAGAAGAUCACAUUAAGGCUUCCUUCUUAGAAGACUGCCAGUCUACCCGUAGCAGCAUCACGGCAUCCGCCGGGGUAGCAUUCCUCAAUAUUAUCAGUUUCAAAGCAGAAGACAGCCAUUCCUCCCAAGAAGUCUUCGUCAAGAACUACCUCUCCAACCGAACCAACUCUAGGAUCGAGAGCAUCGGCGGGGUCCCUUUUUACCCAGGCAUCACCCUAGAGGGCUGGCAAAAGAACAUUAAAAACCACUUGGUAGCAAUAGACCGUUCCGGUUUGCCGCUGUAUUUCUUCAUCAACUCUGACACUUUGCCCGAUUUGCCAGCCCCCUUGGUGAAGAAGCUUUCAAAAACCGUGGAAGCCGCCGUGAGGCGUUAUUAUACCUUCAAUACCUAUCCUGGCUGCACCAACAAAGAUUCCCCCAACUUCAACUUCCAAGCCAAUACGGACGAUGGGUCAUGUGAGGGGAAGAUGACCAACUUCACCUUUGGGGGAGUUUACCAGGUGUGUACCCAGCUUUCAGGGAUGGAGGCUGUGCUUCUGUGCCCAGAACUGGAGCAGAAAAAUCCACUCACCGGGGAAUUCUCCUGCCCGGAAAACUACUCCCCAGUCCUAUUACAUUCCCAUUUUAAAGAGGAAGGCUACAACUUCCUGGAAUGCCACCGAAAGUGCACCCUGUGGGUUUUCUGUAAAAAAGAGUGUGAGGACGUGUUCCGGGUGGCGAGGGCUGAAUUCAAAGGUUUCUGGUGUGUGGCAAACGGCCAGGUCCCUGAGAAUUCAGGCUUUCUUUUUGGCGGUCUCUUUAGUGGCAGGAGCAUCAAUCCUGUGACCAAUGCCCAGUCGUGCCCAGCUGGUUAUUUGCCAUUGAGACUCUUAGAUGGUCUCAAGGUUUGCAUCAGCCAAGACUAUGAGCUGGGCUACAAGUUCUCUGUGCCCUUUGGUGGUUUCUUCAGCUGUGAUGUGGGGAAUCCUCUCGUGAACUCAUCCCAUCCCAAUAAUCAAGGUGGACCUUACUUGAAAAAGUGUCCAGCGGGUUUCAGCCAGCACCUUGCUCUGAUCAGCGAUGGCUGCCAAGUGUCCUACUGUGUCAAAGCGGGGCUCUUUACCGGGGGCUCUCUGCCUCCUGCAAGACUGCCUCCUUUCUCCAGACCACCCCUCAUGAGCCAAGCUGCCACCAAUACGGUGAUGGUUAUCAACAGUGAGAGCGAGAAGUCCUGGAUCAAGGAUCCCAGCACCCAUCUGUGGAAACUGGCAGAUCCUUCGGAGGUCCGAAGGACCAUAAAGCUCAUCCAUGGGUCUGAAGGUACUUUAUCCGGGGGGGCAGCAGCUGGAAUCACAGCUGGCGUGACAGUUGUCCUGGCAGCCCUGAUCACCCUGGCCAUCUAUGGCACCCGUAGGUAUAAGAAACGGGAAUAUGAAGAAAUAGGAGAAGAGAAUAGAAGUCUGAUGGAGGCUACUGAUGAAUAUAGGGUAUCAAAAGAAGUGGGAGGCGCACCCGAGCUAAGACAGGAGGGGUGUCCUUCUCCAGUUUAAAUUUCUGCCCGAGCAUCAUUUGACCUAAUCCCUGUCCAGGGCUCAAAGUUCUUCCUCUACUCUGACUUCUCUCCCAUUCUAGUUAGUUUGCUGCCCUUGCUGUCUCGGGAAAUAAGAAAGCAAAUAAUAAAUAUGCCUGGGACCAUCUUUUCUCUACAUGUGGCUUAAGAGAGGGGUGGAGUUACUCGAUUCUACUUAAUCUCUCUGAGCCUCAGUUUCUUCCUGGCUCCUGGAGAGGGGCAGAUUGGACUCCGGUACCAUCUAGGUACUACACUUUUCUCAUUUCCGGGUACUAUGAAUUACUCAUUUUUCUCUCGACCCCUCAAAUGCCAGGAGUAACAUUUUAUAUUUUCAGUCUUAUCUGAGUUCAAAUAAAGAUGGGGGUGGGGGGGGGAGAUCUUAGGAUGGGAAGACCUUCUAGCUCGAUGCUCUGAUACUGUGCUCUUUAUUUCAAGAUGCCAAGGUCUAAUUUCUCUCAUUAACAUCCCCGACAGGCUCAGAGCACAGAGCAUCGACCCAGAAGAGCCUUUAGAAUGUAGAGUAUUCGGAUAUCGAAUGCCAGAACAUAGGGCUAAAGGGGACUACUGGCAUUUGAGGCCCCCUCUCAGCAUUGACAAUCUAUGUUAAAUCAGCUUGGCUUAUAUGCAGGGGAAGAAGGAGGAAGAGAAAAGAAAUGCUUAAUAACUGAAAAAUAAAAUUUAAAACGUAAUCCAACAAACAUGUCUUUCUGAGCAUAUACGGGUGGGGGAGGAGGAAGAAAGGGGUGAAUUACCAAAAAUUAGAGGUUGACAGUCACCCCCUGCAGAUAUCAAAGCAAACAAGGAAAUGGGGAGUCGGGAAGGUUUUUGAAAUUUUGCCUUAUAGCCUGAGAAACUGAUGGGGAGGCAGGAAGGAGGUUACUCUUCCUGUCUCCAGUAAUUCCCACUAUGAUCAUGUCUUCUUACAUGAAGCAUCAUCCUUUCAAACCAGUUUGUCUGUUUUUAAAUAAUAAAA